UAUAGAGGCGGUGCUAGAGGAGGGGGAGCUCAGUCCUUUACUCAGUUCCCUCCUGGAUUAAACACCGGCAUGAGAGCUCCGGUGUUGUUACAAAUGUGGCGACGGCGAUGGCCAACGAAUGCAGCACCGGUGUUCAUGGUGAUGGUGGCGGUGCUGUCUUCUCUACCAGUCACCCUGACUGCACCAACUGAAGACAGCCUUGAGGACACUGCUCGAGUGUUAGGACACUUCUCUGCCGGAGUCGGUACCAGGAGAAACGGGGCCCCCAGCAGAUCCUUCACAGGAAUUUCCCAAGGCAGUCUAAGGGGGCAGCAACCCUUUCAAGUCCGGCUAGACAGUUUAGAAGUUAAUGAUAACAGCAGAGAAGUCCCGUCUCGUCCUGGUCAACACGGAGACGACCGUCCGAGUUUGGAGAGAGAGAGCUUAGAAGUAACUUUGGGUAGCAGCGCAGUCCCAGCCAGCGGCACUUCAGGAUCCCAUGGAUUCUCUUCUCAAUACUUUGUGGUGGAAGAUGACGAUUCAUUCGAAAUCGAUGAGGAUGAUUUCCGCUUCAUGAAUCUUGGAAGAAGAUAUCAUCCUGAUGGUAUAUCUCCAGUUUCCCCUCAGCAACUGUUUAUUCCACAACCGGCAAUUCCUCCUACUUCUAGUCUCGUGGCUCCUGCUUCUCGAAACCUCGGUCCGUCCCUCAAUAACCCAUAUAUUAUCGCCACUGCUUCGUCUAGUGAAGAAAUCGACGAAGAUAAUCCUUAUGAAGAUGAUGAUGAUGACGAAGACUUGGCGAUGUAUCUCAGUAAAAACUUGUUGACUGUGAAGGGUGAUGACAGCAGUGAGGAGCGACUAGAACUGGACGAUGCCUUAUUAGGAAGACGUUACAACUUUAUCGAUGGUCAAGGCAGUCAUCGAUGGGGCUAUGACCUUGUGGACCAGUAUCAACACCAGACAGUGAACACAGAUGGAACAAUGGACGGCAGGUUUGGUUGGACUGCUCCCAACGGUCAAGAAAUCAGAGUUCAGUAUGUGGCUGAUGAUGGUGGAUACCGAUUGGUUGGCUCUUCAGGUAUCCAUCCAGCAGACAGUGAAGACGUGCACCGGCUGAAGAUAGAACAUUCUCAAAUAUAUAAGGAAGUAGCCAGCCGUCCCCCAGUGGCUCCACUACCUGUGUCCCCUGGUGUCCCAUUGCCUCCAGUGUCCCAUGGUGUUCAUCUGUCCUCUGGAUCUCAUGGUGUCCCAUUGUCUCCAGUGUCCCAUGCUGUUCAUCCGUCUUCUGUAUCUCCUGGUGUCCCAUUGCCUCCAGUGUCUCCACCAUCUUCUGGGUCUCCUGGUGUUCCACUGUCUCCUACUGAUAAGUCUUAUAAAGUGACAAUCCCAUUUGGAGGGAUUGGAGUUCCGUUGCCAGAUCCACAUCGUGACCGAUCGCCAUUUCAAGGGUCUCCAGGCUUCUCACUAGGUGUGCCUCUACCUCCUCCUCAUGAUAGUAGUGGAACAGUUGGUGUCCCCCUUCCCACACAGACAGGAGCUGGAAGUGAAGGAGCUUCUUUUUCUAUCCCUUCAGGACAACCUACUGGUGGGGUUCCUCUUCCCAGCCCCUCUGGACCUGGGGCAAAGCCAUCUCGUCCAGGUUUUUUUGACGAAGGUGAGGAAGUCAUAGCUUUCAGUGGUGGAACGAUGGGCGUUCCGCUUCCCACUCAGAACGGAGCUGGAAGCGGAGUCUCUUUUUCUAUCCCCCCAAGACAGCCUACUGGUGGAGUUCCCCUUCCCAGCCCUUCUGGACCCGGAGCAAGACCAUCCAGACCAGGUCUCUCCAGGGAUGAUGACACUGUAGUUUUUGGAGAAAGUGGUGGUGUUGGGCUUCCAGGUAUUUCGGGAUUUGAAACAACUGGAGUUUCCCUUUCAAGCCCCUCAGUGCCUAUGACUGGUGGAGUGCCUCUUCCCAGCCCCUCUGGACCACCAGGGGCACCAUCAGGGACAGGUUUUUUUGGGGAUGAUGAGACUGUAGUCGUUGGAAUAGGUGGUGGUGUUGGACUUCCUGGAGCACCCGGAGUCUCCCUUUCCAGCCCUGCAGGACCAGUGACAGGCGGAGUGCCUCUUCCCAGCCCCUCUGGACCACCAGGGCCUCCAUCUGGGCCGGGUUUUUUUGGGGAUGAUGACACUGUAGUAGGUGGAGGUGGUGUUGCACUUCCAGGAGCACCCGGAGUCUCCCUCUCCAGCCCUGUAGGACCAGCAGCAGGCGGAGUGCCUCUUCCCAGCCCCUCUGGACCGCCAGGACCACCAUCUGGGCCAGGUUUUUUUGGCGAUGAUGAUACCGUAGUAGCUGGAGGUGGUGUUGGACUUCCAGGAGCACCCGGAGUCUCCCUUUCAAGCCCUGUAGGACCAGCGACAGGCGGAGUGCCUCUUCCCAGCCCCUCCGGACCACCAGGGACACCAUCCGGGCCGGGUUUUUUUGGGGAUGACACCGUAGUAGCUGGAGGUGGUGUUGGACUUCCAGGAGCACCCGGGGUCUCCCUCUCCAGUCCUGUAGGACCAGCAACAGGCGGAGUGCCUCUUCCUAGCCCCUCUGGACCGCCAGGACCACCAUCUAGGCCAGGUUUUUUUGGUGAUGAUGACACUGUAGUAGCUGGAGGUGGUGUUGGACUCCCAGGAGCACCCGGAGUCUCCCUCUCCAGCCCUAUAGGACCAGCAACAGGCGGAGUGCCUCUUCCUAGCCCCUCUGGACCGCCAGGACCACCAUCUGGGCCAGGUUUUUUUGGUGAUGAUGACACUGUAGUAGCUGGAGAUGGUGUUGGACUUCCAGGAGUGCCCGGAGUCUCCCUCUCCAGUCCUGUAGGACCAGCAACAGGUGGAGUGCCUCUUCCCAGCCCCUCUGGACCACCAGGGCCUCCAUCUGGACCAGGUUUUUUUGGCGAUGAUGACACCGUAGUAGCUGGAGAUGGUGUUGGACUUCCUGGGACGCCGGGAAUCUCCCUUUCCAGCCCUAUAGGACCAGCGACAGGCGGAGUGCCUCUUCCCAGCCCCUCUGGACCACCAGGAGCACCAACUGGGCCAGCUUUUUUUGGCGAUGAUGAUACUGUAGUAGCUGAAAGUGGUAUUGGACUUCCUGGGGCACCUGGAGUCUCCCUUUCAAGUCCUGUAGGACCAGUAACAGGCGGAGUGCCUCUUCCCAGCCCCUCUGGACCACCAGGACCACCAUCUGGGCUGGGUGUUUUUGGAGAUGAUGACGCCAUAGUUGCUGGAGAAACUGGUGAUGGACCUGGAGGGACAGUAGUGUUUGGAACCCGACCUGUAGGGACAGAAACUGAUGGGGUGCCACUACCUAGCCCAUCUGGGCCGGAACCAGCACCUUCAGGGACUGGACUCCUUCAUGAUGAAUCUGUAGGUUUUAAAGGAGCCUCUGGUGUUGGACUUCCUGAAAUACCUGGUGUAAGACCCGGUGGAAUUCCUCUUCCUAGCCCCUCUGGACCUGAGACAGCACCAUCAGGACCAGGUUUUUUGGGUGAUGAUGACACUGUAGUAACUGGAACAGCUGCUGAUGUUGGAACAAGUGGAGUUUCUCUUUCCAUCCCUAUUGGACUAGGAACUGGUGGAGUAUCUCUUCCCAGCCCUUCUGAACCAGCAGCCGGGCAGGGCUUUUUAGAUGAUGACACUGCAGUAGCUGGGGAUGGUAUUGGACUUCCCGGCGCACCAGGAAUCUCCUUUUCCAUCCCUAUUGGGCCAGAUGCUGGUGGAGUGUCUCUUCCCAGCCCAUCUGCACCAGAGCCAACACCAUCAGUGAUUUUCGGGGAUGAUGACACUGUACUUACCGUAAGUGCUGCUGGACCUCCAGAGGCUCCGGGAGUCUCCCUUUUCAGCCCUGUGGCACCAGGGGCAGGUGGAGUACCCCUUCCCAGCCCCUCUGGCCCUGAAUCCACAUCAGUAGAUGAUACAGCAACUGGAAUACCAGGCUUUGUUGAUAUAACCAGUGGAUUUGGUGCCCCUGGACCUGGACUACAAGCAGCAGAACCUGGUAUCGGUGCUGGGGCAGGAGUAUCACUCCCAGGGUUUGGAUCACCAGACGACGAUGCUGCUGUAAGCCCAGCGUUUGACUUUACCACUGGAUUUGGUGCCUCUGGACCUGGACUAUCAGCAACAGGACCUGGUACAAGUGGUGGAGCAGGAGUAUCACUCCCAGGAGUUGGAUCACUUGAUGAUGAUACUGCUGGAAGCCCUGGGUUUGACUCUAUUGGUGGCUUUGGUACCUCUGGAUCUGGACUUCCAGCAACAGGGCCUGCUACAGGUGAUGGAGCAGGAGUAUCACUUCCAGGGUUUGGAUCACCUGACGACGAUGCUGCUGGAAGCCCUGGGUUUAAACUGACUACUGGAUUUGGAACCUCUGAAACUGGAUUACAGGCAACAGGACCUGGGAUAGGUGCUGGAUCAGGAGUGUCACUUCCAGAGUUUGGAUCAUCUGACGACAAUGGUGCUGUAAGCCCAGGGUUUGACUUUACCGCUGAAUUUGGUGCCUCUGGACCCGGAAUACCAACAGCAGGACCUGGUGUCAGUGCCGGAUCAGGAGUAUCAUUGCCAGGGUUUGGAUCACUUGAUGAUGAUGCUGCUGGAAGCCCUGGGUUUGACUCUAGCCGUGGAUUUGGUGCCUCUGGACCUGGACUACCAGCAACAGGACCUGGUGUCAGUGUUGGAUCAGGAGUAUUACUGCCAGGGUUUGGAUCACUUGAUGAUGAUGCUGCUGGAAGCCCUGGGUUUGACUCUAGCCGUGGAUUUGGUGCCUCUGGACCUGGACUACCAGCAACAGGACCUGGUGUCAGUGUUGGAUCAGGAGUAUUACUGCCAGGGUUUGGAUCACUUGAUGAUGAUGCUGCUGGAAGCCCUGGGUUUGACUCUAGCCGUGGAUUUGGUGCCUCUAGACCUGGACUACCAGCAACAGGACCUGGUGUCAGUGUUGGAUCAGGAGUAUCACUUCCAGGGUUUGGAUCACAUGAUGAUGAUACCGCUGGAAGACCAGGCUUUGAUGAUUCAUCCUCUGGCUUUGGACUUUCAAGCUCUGGGUUUAAUGGGGAAGUUCCUUUGUCGGUGUUAGACUCCUCUGAUAACGGAAAGCCUAUGAGCCCUGAUUUUGGUUUUUCUGGUGCUAUUGGUUCAUCUGAUGAUUUUGGACAGAGCUCAGGAGGGUUUGGAUUUGAAGGAGGGGUACCUCUCAAUAGUGGAUUUGGCGGAUCAGCAUCUUUCAAUGGAAGGGGUGCUCUGGAUGCCUCAGAGGUGCCGCUUCAAGGGCCGCCAGUAUCCAGCACUUUUAGCCUCUCAACAAAUUUAGGCCAUGGAACUGUUUCCUCUGGUGUGCCACUCAAUACUGGUAAAGACUUGUCAUCUAACAAAAUCCGUCAUUCUCACGGAACUUCCCAAUUUUUUGAGGUAGGCCCACCUGAGCCUGCUCAUCAUGCUGCAGGUGGGCCAACCAGUGCCUCACCUCUUCCUUUCUAUCCUCACACCCCCAUGUUUGAUUCCCAACAUCCCAACCAGUUCCAUUCGUCCUCUGGUCCAGUUCGCGAGGCGAGCCCUUUUGCUGAAAGUUCUGCAAACUUGGAUAGUGAGCUAGAGAAGCCCCAGGACCUAGUCAAGAUAUAUCACGAUAUUUACGGCAUAAAAAUGAGAUUAGAAGACUGGUUAGUCCCUAAACGGCGGGAAGCUCCUCGUGCUAUCUUGUAGGCUCCAGGAUUCUAAUCCUAACAAGGAUCAUAUCGUGUGUUGCGCUGUGAAUGAUUGUUGUGUAUUUAUGAAUGCAUUGAGGCGCCAGUUACACUCGGGUAUGGGAAUGGUCUCAUUGUAAAAAUAAAUAAAUAUCUAAAGAUAGCGUUAAUUGUAUUUGGAGCUGUGUGUGAAUACUAAAAAGUCAUUAUUCAUAACAAACAAUAAAGAUUUUUUUUUUUUCACCUCCAUAUCUAAAACGUAGAGACUGUCCAUUUUCCCUAAAUCCUGACGCCUCACUCGUCCUUUUAAUUAUUAUAACUUUCCCCUCAAAGACGUUCCUCCCUUUCAAAUCCACACCCUUCACACGUUCGCUGUUCGCUCCUCGUGACCCGAGAUUUGCUGUCCUCAACCUCUGUCCCAUCCACUUGGCUGUGUACAUAGUAAGGUGUAUGUUAUAUUAUAUUGUAUACCAUUAAAUACAUGUUUGUGAUUACCGAGCACUGUGGUUGGUGAAACGAUGGUGCCAGCCUUGCACCAAGACCUGGAAGAGACUUGGUUUGUACGCUUCGGUCGAUGGAAUAAAAGUCUUUUUUUUUAUACA